AUGAACGAACCAGCGGCCAACUUUCCUUAUCGUGAUAACGAUCAGCAGGAAAAUGACAAAACGAAACCACAGCCGUGCCCAUAUCAUAAGUACGAUGAUCCAUCGUACGCUACGCAAGCGGUUUACAUGUACGGAGACAAGGCCAGACUAUCGGGCAAAACUAUUUGUAUGGCAACCAUGCAAGCCACCUUCCAUCAUUAUAAUGUGCAUAACAUGUAUGGUAUGAAAAUGAGCCAAUCCACGGCCGAGAUUAAGUCGAACGGUGAGGACGGUGAGGACUUGGUGCCUCUCAUCAUAUCGCAGUCCACAUUUCCGAGCAGCGGACGAUUCGCAGGCCACUGGCUAGAGAGCACCUACGCGAAGUGGACUGACCUGAAAGGGAGUAUCAUCGACGUGCUCGAGUUCAAUCUGUUCGGCAUACCAUAUGUAGGACCUGAUAUGUGUACGCUAAGUGGAGACAUGCAGGAAGAGCUGUGCGUGAGGUGGCUGCAGCUUGGUGCAUUUUUUCCUUUAGCGAGAAUCCGCAGUGAACGAGGCGAAUUUUCCAAGUACCUAAUGAAGUGGAGUAGAGCUGGUCAAGUAGCAAGGGAUUCGCUGUUGCUGCGCUACACAUAUCUGCCCUAUAUUUACACUCAGUUUUACCGAGCCAAGUACUUUCAUGAGCCUGUCAUUCGACCGCUGUUUUAUGAAUUUCCUCAUGAUGACGAAACCUAUUCGAUAGAUAAACAAUUUAUGAUCGGUUCCGGACUGCUGGUCACUCCAAUUCUGGAACCAUUGACAGAUACACCCUCCGGCUAUUUCCCUCGCAGCAUCUGGUACAACAUAUACGACGAGCAGGCGAUUGGAAAAAGGGUUUUACCCUCAUAUCAGGACGUGGAAGUUUGUCCAGAUGGCACCGUCGCCAUACAUGCUAGAGGAGGGAUCGUAUAUCCUCGACAGAAGCCGGCGCUGACCAUCACCGAAAGCAGAAAGAAUCCUCUGAGUCUUCUGAUCGCGGUGAACGAGUCGAUGCAAAGCACGGGCGAAUUAUUCUGGGUCGGCGACAAUGAAACCCUGGCGAACAACAGCAAGUGCUAUGCGCUUUACGCGUUUUACUACACCUUUUACGGCAAGCAUCAUACGCUGAUAAUCACUGCUCAGCGGCCA